CCGAAUCUGUCACAAGUUGCGAUUUCAUAACACGCGAGGAGGCCAAUUUGCCGAAGCAGAACACAAAUUUUGCACUUGUUCCAUCACAAUCAAUCAACGUUACCAAAAUGAAUACUCUCCAAAAGUUGUGCGCAUUCCGAGUUCCUCUAGCCACCAGAUUCCGCUCGAUUGUUACCAGUGUACCACGUCUGGAUAUCUUCAAAAUUCAGAGCCCACAAGAAUUCGACGAGAAAGUUAAAAACAGCAAGAGUCCUAUCAUUGUGGACUUUUUCGCAACCUGGUGUGGUCCAUGUCGAAUGCUAACGCCACGAAUCGAGACCAUCAUUGGGGAACAAAAAGGCAAGGUUUCACUGGCCAAGGUUGAUAUUGACGAGCACAGUGACUUGGCACUGGAUUAUGAAGUGGCCUCUGUUCCUGUGCUACUUGCUAUUCGUAAUGGAAAAGUAGAACAGCGUCUUGUAGGUUUACAGGAUACAGACAAAUUGCGAAAUUGGGUUGAAAACGUCGUUAAAGACGAGAAAUGAAUUGGAUAAUGAGUUUCCUGAAUCCCAAAUUCGAAUAUAUAGAGCAAAAUUAUCAGCAGCGGCAUGUGAUAGAGGACAGCUUCUCAAAUGAUAUAAAUUUGGGUUGAUUGUUGAAUAAAUAAAACAAUUUAUAAUUAGA